AUGCAAAAAACGCAGCAUCUUUUUUUCCUCGGCAUUUUCGAUCUGCCGCGUUCCAGGCUCCUCGACCCUUUGUUCCUGAUUCGUCUGCUGAUCACCGUGGCCUGCGUGGCCGGCUUCACGUACCAGGCCACCGACUUCUUUAUCAUGUACUUCAAGUUCCCAACCACCACCAACAUCAGGGUAGAGUCGAUGAAGGACCUGGUCUUUCCCGCCUUCACAGUUUGCAUAAAGAACUGGAUUGACAAGAAGAAAUUGUGUGCAGAUGACAAGCUGAAGGAGCUCUGCGCCACGAACGACACUUCACCGACCACGAUCAUAGAAGCCAUCCGGGAACACAAAAACCUGUCCUCGUUGGCCUUCGACAUACCUGACGUCAUCAAGCACUGCAACAUGAAACCUACUAGUGGCUGCGACGCGUUCAACUGUCACACAGAUUGGUACAAGUCCUUCGUGCGGUACCCCGACAGCUACUGCUACACGCUGGACUACAGUCGCAUCAAGAACGACUCGCAUCCCCUCAGGCGAUGCCGAUACCCCUGGGAUUACGAGAUGAACUCUACCGUCGGCUGGGACCUGGAUCGCGUGGUGGAAGUGGACCCCUUCGGAGCGGAUGCCUCGGUGCACGAGCACGACACCAACUCGGCCGAGCAGGCUCACUCGCUCUUCUUCGAGCCGCACUCGCGCUACAUCAUCCUCGUCGAACAGCAAACUACCCUGGCCCUGCCCAAGCCGUACCAAACCAAGUGCGUUAACUACGAGGCCAUGAAGCGAUCCAAGAAGUACUACGGCAUGAUGACGCAAAACUUGUGCUACGAGCGCUGCCGCAUGGAACUCUGGCUGAAGAAGUGCGGAUGUAUCUCGAGCCGCUACGCAUACCGAGACCUCCACGGAUCCAAGAUCUGCGACGUUCCCAAGACAGAAUCCUGUGCAAAAGUGGACGUCUCGCAGAAGUUCACCAAGAAGUGCCUAAAGAAGUGCCGACAGCCCUGCAAAGAGAUCACCUACGAGGUUCAGAUCACGGCACAAGGUCAAAAAGAAAAUGCAGACACAGACGAGGACUACGAGGAUGAAGAACCUAAGGAAGAACCAAAAAGCUUGCUGUUCACAAUCAACCUUUUGUUCGCCAGUGAAAAGCACACCAUACUGCAACAUCUCAAGAAGUUCACGUUCAUCGAGGUGUUCGGUUACCUGGGAGGCUACGUGGGCAUCUGGCUCGGGAUGUCCUUCUUCUCGGUCCUGGACUCGCUCAUCCUCUACAUCAGGGACAAGCAGCUCCGCAAGAUCCAGGAAACGAAAGUCAGGCCGAUCGAGUAG